GUUGAGUCGGUUUAGCGUCCUUUCGACCCUUAUUUAAAUAUCCCGUCUUCUUAGCGUGCUCGUUUCGUUCCCGAAAGAAAAAUGUUUUCCCGGAGUGGGAAAGAGGCUCAAGACAGGAUACAACGCUCCCGAGGGACAUGAUAAUUCCCAGAAAGAAUUGUAGGAUCAGCAUCCAUGGAUCUUCCAACUCAUAUCUGUAAGCAUCAUAGCCUUAUGGAGCGCCCAUCCACAAGCUCCAUAAUGUUGCCAUGUCCAGGACCCUAGCAUUUGCUCAGGCACAGACACAGUUACAGGCAUCGUUGCUGGAUACUUAGGGCAAUUUUGCACUGCUAUAUCUAGGAGAUCAAUAUAUUUUCCUUCCAUUGAAUAUGUCCAGGAACUUCUCGGGCAACCAAAUGUUGCGACCUCAUGCUGUCCUCUCGAGGCGGGUGGUCUGCUCUGCGGUGGAUGAUGGAUCAAUUCGCUUAGACUGUGGUCACUCCGAUGUGCAGUCCCGUUAAAAGACUACCAGAGGGGAUGUUCUUUUAUAUUUCACGGCUUCUAUAGCCUACAAUUCUCUUUUUCUUUUUCUUUUUUCUUUUUUCUUUUUUCUUUUCCCUCCCUCGAUCCCACCACGCUCUCCACUCCAUCACGCUGCGCGCUAGAAUGAGCGCCUGAUUUGCAGGAGAUUGUCAACUUAAACCCGAUAUCUCACUGUGGCGAUAGAAGUGAUAACUCUCUCUCGUCAACUGGUUACCAUCAUGAAGCUGAUGGUUCUAGCAAAACCAAAUACAAUUAAAAUACGAGAUCUCAAAUAUGGUUCACAUCCUAUAAACCGACCUAGCUCGUUCCCUCCAUCUAGCCGGUGAUGCAAUUCUGCAGCUCCUCAUACAAAGCUGGCAAUGUUCUCGACUAUGCGAGAUUCAACAGCACUCACAUAACUCCUUUUGCCAGUUGAUGUCAAAAUGACGCUCAUGAGCAUUUUUCUGAUAUCUGGAGGGACAUCGAGAGUUCUCAUUUAGGAUAAGAGCAGAUUUGGCAUCUUUCUGCGCAGCUUUGUUGACUUGAGCCUACGAACGCGGUCAGAUCUGAUCCACGGGCCUAUGUGGCUCUGAGAGUACCAGGGCGGUAUGUAAUAUACAUCCUUACUCGGCGUAUAGAUGAAAUAUAGCCAUGCACAAGGUACUGCACUGUUUUGUGAUUGAUAGCCUGGCGACCCAUGAGGGAUACGAUCAUGCCGGUUCUUUAUCACAAAUAGAUAACCUUUGCUGCAUUAUUUCUGCAGCUAUCAAGAGAAGUUGGAGAAUUAUUGCAGCGUAGCAAAGCAAUUCUCCGGAAUUUAGAAACUAAAAGGAGCAUUUCGGUGCACAUGUUAUCCCAGAAGCCGGCAAGGCAAUAGGACACAACGUUACACUCGUAAAAUACCCUUUUAAUGUCUUCUGUGACUGGCUGCAUGAAGUACUGUUGAUUACUUCCUGUAUCGUUUUGAGAAGCAAGAAACAAGCUCAAUCAAAGAGCCGGGCGAGGUUGGACAAGUGUAAUUUUAAGUUGUACCACGCAGGAGAGGCGCAAUAAUUUAUUAUUUAUUUUGUUUGCAACUCACUACGGAGUACAUUGAAGAUCGAAGGCUGCUUCAAACGUGAGAAUCUAGGUAAUGCACAAUAGAGAACGACGCAAAAAAUUAAGUUGAAUAUAAGAUACUGUCCUGGCGGGAGUCUUCGCAACUAAAUAUUACGUAGCAAUAAUGGAGAGUUCCAGGCUCUUGUUCCCGCCCCGGACGACGCUGUAGAUCGCCCCCUAGCCGUGCGAACACCGCCCAAACCCGCCUAACAGCCGCCACCAACUCCUUUAUCGUCGUCCCCCCAGAUGCCAGAUCUGCAAAAACAAAACAUAAAAGUAAAAAAAAUAUUUCUCUCUUCUUGCCCCGUUAUCAACCCUCAAUUACAUGUACUUACUCCAUCUUCUCUCCAGCAUCGUUUAUAUUAGAUAUGGUUUAAUCGUUUCCAUUCCCAUAUUAUCGCCACUCCUCCACCCGUUCCCCGGUUCUCUCACAUCGGCUUCCACCGUGGCUCCCGUCACUUUUGGGGCUGCGCCCAUUGACCCGGCUCUACAUCGAACCUGUCCGUCACGAGCUGGGGACGUAUCGAAUUUCACGACUAGGUCACAGAUUAAAACUUCAUCGCCCUCCUCUCCUUCACCAUCUUCUUCCUCCUUACCCCCGUCUGCCACAGAUCUAUCCCUACCCUCAUCGACUUCAACGCCAUUAUCACACGCGAAUUUGCCUGCACCAUACUCAUUAAAACGGGAUAGCAAUAACCUCAACUAUUCCGCUUCCCUACCUCGCCUCUCGACCCUAGCUUCACUUACAUCGGCCCCAACUUCACAUCUACGCGCCUACGAGACCACAGAUACGGCGAGCAGCAACAACCAGAAUGCGAGCCAGAACAUGAGUUAUGCAACCUCUUCACCAGGAGCCACCACCGGGGGCCAGGGAAACACUCCACCCGUGUGCCAAAACUGUGGUACUUCCACGACGCCCCUCUGGAGGAGAGAUGAAUCCGGAUCAGUCCUGUGCAAUGCCUGCGGCCUAUUCCUCAAGCUCCAUGGUCGUCCUCGUCCGAUAAGCCUCAAGACCGAUGUCAUCAAAAGCCGGAAUCGGGUCAAAACCUCGGGCCAAGGACCGAAGAGAAAAUCAAAUAUCGAUGCCAAUGGCCUUGCUGGUUCGAGAUCCGAAGCCGGAACUCCGCCUUUAAGUAUCCAUGGUCACCAUCGUGGAUCGCGAAAAGGUUCCGCAGGCCCUUCCGAUCGCUCCAAUUCCCCAUUGUCUCGAACCAAUACCCCGGGAUUUCAACACCAUUCAAACAUCGCACCUCAACAUAUGUUCGAUAGCGUCACCCUCUCAGACCACAGUUUCAAUCCAUCCGCGGCUGUGCUGCCCUCCUUACAAAUGCAUAACCCUUCCCUCAGCUCCACGUCCUCCCCGAACGAUCGUCAUUUAGAAGCGCAACAAACGUACGAAAGUCUUCUUGCUGCAAAUACCUCCCUGAAGACUCGAAUCAGCGAGCUCGAGUUGAUCAAUGAACUGUUUCGAGGAAGGGUUGCGGAAUUGGAACAAAGCGACGCGACCGCGAGAAGAUCAGAAAUGGUUGCUCGAGACUCCGAAUCGCGUUUGAACCAAUCGCUGAAAGAGGCUCAGAGGCGCGAGGAGGGUCUAAAACGAAGAAUAUCUGAACUCGAGCGGGCGUUGAUCGACCGGGAACUGGUACAUGGUUCUAGUACCUUUGAACCUCAAGCGAAAAAAAUCCGCCUAUCUGACGUGGUCGACUAUAGCCCUGAUUCAACCGGCAAGUCUCCCCAAUCUCUAUAGUAGAGAUAUGUGGAGAGAAAACCAGGAUCACUUAAUAUGACAACCGGUGCGGCUGUAUAAAUCAUACCCUUUUCUCUUAAGAAACAACAAAGUACCUUUCCGGUUCCAAAACUCUUUGAGCUUGAUACCCUUUUACGACUCUCAUCGCAAAAAGCACUUUUUUUAAGAGAGCUUUUUAAUUUUUGAUAAAUUUCAUUUAAUUAUUGUAAUGUAUUAUCUAUUUCUAUUGCCUUUUAAUGUAUUGCUUUUUUAUAUCACAUUUCACAUUUUUCAUUUCUCCUCUCAUCUAGCUCCCUCUUGCGGCCACUACAAGAAAACCCCAGCCAUGGCUUAUUCUUUCUCACCGCGAUUGCAUUCUUUCAUGAGAUAUAUCUCAAAGACCCUUUUCCUUUUAUAUACUGUACUUUUACUUUUUUUAUUUACUUUUUGGCACUCAAUAUUUUUGCGAAAUCAUCUACACCAUAUCAAAACCCAAAGAAAAGCGAACCUAUCAAUCCAGAAGCAUACCAGGGAAUUAGAACUAUGGAGAGUGAAAUAUUCCCCCCUUUAAUCUCCUUUUCAUCGGUGCCAAGCACACACUAUUUGGUCAGACUGUGAAUAUGUUCAACUUUCAUCUCUCGGAAGGCAAACCAAGACCCACGCUCACUCUGAAAGAGAGCAGACCACAGACUCCCUUAUUUUUUUAUUUUUUUAUUUUAUUUUUUUUCCCCUUCCCUACAUAUUCUUCUUCUGGUUUCCUUUCCUUCUUAUUCAUUUCACCUGCGCUGCUACCAUUGAUUUUUUUUUUUUUUUUUUUUUUUUUUUUGUUUUUGUUAUUGUUAAUAAUAUGGGAGGAUUAUUACUUAAAAGGAUUUGGAUUUUUGGAUUUGUCCUUUCACUUGUUGUGUGAUCUUAUUUGGUUCUUCAAGAGGGUUGGAAUAUACAAAAAAUACUUGUAAUACUAUUAUAUAUGUGAAUGGGCGGUUUUGGAUUUUUCUGUUUUAUUUUUCAUUUUCUUCUCCUUUCUCCAUGUUUCACCCCUUUCCUCGCUUUUUAUUCUAUUAUUGCGACGGAUUUUUAUCUUCUAUACUACCUUGUACUCAUUUCUUAUACCUACCUCUGUUUUGCUCCUUGGUAUAUCAUCAUCAUUCUCAUUUUUCAGUUCUUCUUCCUUUUACGAAAACUGUAUACUUUUAAUAACCAAAGGGUGUGCUUCUAUUAUUUUUGUAUUGUUAGCUAUCAUGACUGGGGAGCCGCGAUUUUUAUACAACGAAGGUUCUAUAUUGCAUGGUUGCUUAAAAUCCCCCCCUUCUUCUUUUCGAUAGUUCGCGUUCUUUUGUGCCGAAACUCCUAUUCCGCUCCGGCAGGGUAUCUACGAGGAAUUUGGAUUGGGGGGUUUUGAAGUGAGGCAUUCAGCUUUUUGACUUGCAUCGUCGACGUCCUUGUGCUAGCGUUGUUUCUAUGACAGGUUUAACCGCCGCUGCUUCUCUCUGUUUGAUCUGGAUUCGAGGGUUGGAUCAUGCCCGGGAAUAGCGACGCUAGACACCCCAUAUUGCGCCCUAGCAUAACUAAUACCCUUUCCUCAUUUUGGUAUCUGAGAUUUCAUAGGUAUAUAACUAUUGUCCGUGCUGGAACUUGUCUCAUAUUGAGUUGGUUCCUGGGAAUUAGGGCUAAAACGAACAGCCCUAGCCCAACACGGAUCAGACAAAUUUUAUGCAGCAUCUCU